AUGGCGAGACGAGAGCGAAAGCGACGAGGUCGCUGGGAAACCUACAACUCGGAGUUCAAUUCGGUGGACGGCUUCUCAAACAGUGCGGUAGAUAAGCAGAUUGAGAAAGAAGCCUCAGCGCCUGUUCCUAAGGCAGCUUCGCAGAAUUUAAAUGGUGAAAAUACAGCGACUGUAGACGAAUUUGGUGGAAAAGACUACCGCUCCGAAAUGCCACUGAAGCCAGAUCAUGCUUCUCGUCCGUUAUGGGUGGCUCCAGAUGGUCAUAUAUUUCUGGAGUCGUUCAGCCCUGUGUACAAACAUGCGCGAGAUUUUCUUAUCGCCAUAUCAGAGCCAGUUUGUCGACCAGAGCAUAUCCAUGAAUAUCAGUUAACAGCGUAUUCCUUGUACGCUGCAGUUUCGGUGGGACUUCAGACGAAUGAUAUCAUUGAAUAUUUGGAACGCUUAAGCAAGAGUGCAUUGCCUAAAGGCAUAGUUGAGUUCAUCAAGAUGUGUACUCUGAGCUAUGGAAAAGUGAAGUUAGUAUUGAAACACAACCGAUAUUUUGUUGAAUCACGUCAUUCUGAUGUGAUCCAGAAGCUUCUGAAAGACAAAGUCAUUCAGUCAUGUAUACUUGAGGACGAAAAACCACUUGAAGAAACGCAGGCUGAAAUGGAAUACGAGUUUGAGGAUGGAUCCUUGUCACUGAGCAACACCGUGAGUGCUAUGCUUUCAUUCCUAUUCCAGGUUCCUGAGGAUAUUGGGCAGCUGUAUGGUAAAAUUGAUGGCGAUGACGAAGAAGAUGUUGAAAUUCGCAGUUUGCAGUUGCUAACUUUCGAAAUAAAACAGGAGAGCAUCGAGAAAGUGCAAAAACGUUGUAUUGAGUUGGAAUAUCCUUUGUUGGCAGAGUAUGAUUUUCGAAAUGACACUAUGAAUCCAAAUCUUGGUAUUGAUCUGAAACCUUCUACGACGUUGCGACCAUAUCAAGAAAAGAGCCUUCGUAAAAUGUUUGGGAACAGUCGAGCCAGAUCUGGCGUCAUUGUUCUUCCUUGCGGAGCUGGAAAAACGUUGGUGGGCGUCACUGCUGUAACUACAGUUAACAAACGAUGUCUUUGUCUCGCAAAUUCAAACGUUUCCGUAGAACAAUGGAGAGCUCAGUUCAAGUUAUGGUCUACCAUUACGGACAAACAAAUUGUAAGAUUCACCCGUGAAGCUAAGGACAGCGUGCCUCAGGGACCAGAUGCAAGCAAGCCAAUAGUUUGUAUCAGUACCUAUUCUAUGGUGGCAUAUGCAGGCAAAAGAACCUUUGCUGCAGAAGAGGCAAUGAAGUUCAUUGAAAGCCAGGAAUGGGGCUUAUUACUGCUAGAUGAAGUUCACACAAUUCCGGCAAAAAUGUUUCGUCGAGUGCUGACAAUCGUGCAAGCGCAUUGCAAACUCGGUCUCACUGCUACGCUUGUCCGAGAGGACGACAAAAUUACUGAUCUCAAUUUUCUUAUUGGCCCAAAAAUUUACGAAGCGAAUUGGAUGGAAUUAGAAAAAGCUGGUCAUAUCGCUAAAGUGCAAUGUGCAGAGGUUUGGUGUCCUAUGACGUCGGAGUUCUAUUCGUAUUAUUUGAGGGCGCAAAUUGCUCGACGACUUCUUCUAGCCGUGAUGAAUCCUAACAAGUUUAGAAUCUGCCAGUUCUUAAUCAAAUUUCAUGAACGUAGAAAUGACAAAAUCAUUGUUUUCUCGGACAAUGUGUUCGCUUUGAAGAAAUACGCAAUCGAAAUGAAUAAACCAUUUUUAUAUGGUGAAACGAGCCAGAACGAGCGAAUGAAGAUUCUUCAAAAUUUCCAGUACAAUCCGCGUGUGAAUACGAUUUUUGUGUCAAAGGUAGCUGACACAUCUUUCGAUCUACCGGAGGCAAACGUUCUUAUUCAGAUCUCAUCGCACGGUGGCUCGAGAAGACAGGAAGCCCAACGUUUGGGUAGAAUUCUUCGUGCUAAAAAGCAUUCCACGGAGCAGUUCAAUGCGUUUUUCUACUCGCUAGUUUCUCAGGAUACAGUUGAAAUGGGUUAUUCGAGAAAACGAAAAUUUGUGAACCGUUUUAUGAUGUUUUUGGUGAAUCAAGGCUACGCCUACAAGGUUGUGAAUCGAUUACCGGGUAUGGAGAAGGAGGAUCUAAAAUUCGGAAGCAAGGAAUCUCAGCUUCAAUUGCUGCAGCAGGUAUUAGCAGCCUCUGAUGCUGACGCUGAAGAAGAGGAUGUUAGGGAAGAAAUGGCCGAUGGUAGCAUCAAGGUAACUUGCUACCUAGGUUCGAUAUUUCAGCAUUCGUUUGUUGAUCGACACCCGCUGUUCAAGAGAUUUCGCGAUAAAUGA